AUGGCGAUCACUCCAGCGACCAUGCUCCUCCUCCACCUGCUGCUGCUGCUGUCCUUCUCAUCUGUGCCCAUUUCCCUGGCGCUCGCGCCAGCGGGAGCCGAGAGUGAGGACACCGCGGCUCUGCUCGCCUUCAAGGCCGCGGCCGUAGGCAGCAGCAGCAGCAGCACUAGUGGCGACCGCGGCGCUAUGCUCGCGUCGUGGAACGGCAGCGUCGCCGCCAGUCCGUGCACCUGGGACGGCGUCACUUGCGGCCGCCGCGGACGUGUGGUGGCGCUGAGGCUGCCCUCCCUCGGGCUCGCCGGGACGCUCUCGCCGGCCGUCGGCAACCUGUCGUCGCUGCGGGCGCUGAACCUGAGCUCCAACUGGCUGCGCGGCGAGAUCCCCGCGAGCCUGGGCCGCCUGCGCCGCCUCCGGACGCUCGACCUCAGCGUGAACACCUUGUCCGGCGCGGUCCCGGGCAACCUCACCGCCUGCACCAGCCUGACAGUCCUGCGCCUCGCCAGCAACAAGCUCACCGGCCACGUCCCGGCCGAGCUCGGCGGCGCGCUGGCGCGGCUCGAGGUGCUGGCGCUAACCAACAACACCCUCACGGGCCGCCUCCCGGCGUCGCUGGCCAACCUGACGUCGCUGCGUCAGCUCGGCCUCGGGAUCAACGGCUUCGAGGGCCCGAUACCUCCCGAGCUCGGCCGCAGCAUGGCGCGCCUCGAGUACGUCGACCUCUGCGACAACCGCCUGCGCGGCGAGCUCCCGCCGUCGCUGUACAACGUGUCGUCGCUGGCGAGCCUCGACGUCGGACAGAACACGCUGCACGGAGGCAUCCCUGCCGAGAUCCACGCGCAGCUCCCUCAGUUGAAGUUUCUGGCGUUGUUCGAAAACCAGUUCAGUGGGGCGAUCCCUUCCUCCAUCUGCAAUCUCACUCAGCUCGGAGAACUCGAGCUGUCGAGCAACGGAUUCAGCGGCUUCGUGCCUCGCGAUCUUGGGAGGCUGCAGUAUCUGUGGAAUCUGCAACUGGACGGUAACAUGCUUGAAGCAGGGAAGAAGAUGGAAGUUGCUAACCUCUCGAAAACACUUGAGUACCUUUACCUAGAAGACCUUGGGAUCUCUGGCAGCAUCCCCUCAGAGAUCGGAAAUCUGGUCGGUCUCAAAGUACUUAUUCUGGUGAAUACUGACAUCUCAGGAGUAAUUCCAGAUAGCAUUGGGAAGCUGGUGAACCUGACGGAGCUACACCUGGACAACAAUAAUCUGUCGGGCCUUGUUCCAUCAUCAGUGGGAAAUCUCACCAGGCUCCUUAAACUAUUGGCGAGCAGCAACAACCUGGGAGGAUCAAUCCCAAGGAGUCUUGGAAAGCUUAGCGACCUCAUCAGUCUUGAUCUUUCAAGCAAUUACCUGAACGGUUCGAUUCCUGAAGAAAUAUUCCAACUGCAGUCUCUUUCGUUGCUCCUGAACUUAUCACAAAACUCCCUCUCCGGGCCACUUCCUUUCGACGUUGGAAGGUUGGCUAACCUCAACACGUUGAGCUUGUCAGGAAACCAGUUGUCUGGCCAGAUACCGACAACGAUCAGAAAUUGCAUAGUUCUGGAGGUACUCUUACUGGACAGUAACUCGUUCCAGGGAAGCAUACCUCAGCCUCUAGGUGACAUCAAGGGUCUCCGCGUGUUGAACCUGACCAUGAACAGGUUUUCUGGUGUGAUCCCUGAUGCCCUUGGUGACAUACACAGCCUGCAGCAGCUGUAUCUAGCACACAACAACUUGUCCGGGCUCAUCCCAACUGAUCUGCAGAACCUGACAUCGCUAUCUAAGCUGGAUUUGUCCUUCAAUGAUCUGCAAGGUGAAGUGCCGAAAGAAGGUUCCUUUAGAAACUUGUCUUACUUAUCGAUUGCUGGAAACAAAAACCUUUGUGGUGGAAUACCUCAGCUUCGCUUAGAUCCAUGCCCCAUGUCUGUUGUGAGAAAGAACAACAAGAGUAAGAGGGGGUUGAAGUAUGAUAAAAUAGCUCUGGCAACAAUGGGUGCACUCUUGUUCUUAUCAUUAUUUACUGCAGUUAUUCAGUUCAUCUACAAAAACUCUAAGCAAAGACAGAAGAGAAGCCAUCCCCUAGCCCCAGUAAUAAGUGGAGAACAAUACGAAAGGGUUUCUUACAAGGAACUGUCAGACGGAACAAGGGGAUUUUCAGAUGCCAAUUUGCUUGGAAAAGGCAGCUAUGGCACAGUCUACAAAUGCGCUUUCAUUGAUGAGGGAACUAUAGCCGCCGUAAAGGUGUUCAACCUUGAACAGUCUGGAUCCACAAGAAGCUUCUUGGCUGAAUGCGAGGCACUCCGAAGCGUGCGCCACCGUUGUCUCAUAAAGAUCAUCACGUGCUGCUCAAGCAUCGAUCGCCAAGGCCAAGAGUUCAAAGCUUUGGUAUUCGAGUUUAUGCCCAACGGUAACUUGAGUUCUUGGCUUCAUCCAAAAUCUAAUGAGCCCAAGAACACGCUAAGCCUAACCCAAAGGUUAGACAUUGCUGUCGACAUAAUGGAUGCCCUGGACUAUCUUCAUAACCAUUGUCGGCCACCGAUCGUCCACUGCGAUCUCAAGCCAAGCAACAUUCUUCUCGCCGAAGACAUGAGUGCUCGUGUUGGAGAUUUCGGCAUAUCCAGAAUCUUGUCUGAAAGUGCGUGCAAAGCCUAUCCAAAUUCAAACAGCGUAGCUGGGAUAAGAGGCUCCGUUGGCUACGUCGCUCCAGAGUACGGGGAAGGCUGUGCGGUCUCCAUCCUCGGUGACGUUUACAGCCUAGGCAUAUUGCUGCUUGAGAUGUUCACAGGACGGAGCCCCACGGAUGAUGUGUUCGGAGACUCGUUGGACCUCCACAGGUUUUCAGAGGCUGGUUUUCCUGACAGGAUAUUGGAGAUAGCGGACCCGAAUCUAUGGGUACACCCUGACGCCGACGACAACAGCAUCACAAGAAAUAGGAUUCAGGAGUGUUUGCUUACGGUCAUUCGGCUCGGUUUGUCCUGCUCAAAACACCAGCCCAAAGAGCGGAUGCCGAUACGGGAUGCAGCCAUGGAGAUGCGCGCGAUCAGAGAUGAGGCAUACCUGAUGUUCGCCGGUUCUCUGGUGGUGAACAUGGAAGAGAAAAUGGGAGGAGCAGCUGUGUAA